CGGGGCGGUGACCCCGGAAGUCCCCGCCGGGUGCAGCUUGGUCGGUUCGAUCGCAGCCGGGACCUGACGCCGCCCGGAGUCGCCGUCCCUUCUCUCUCUCCGAGUGCUGCUCCUGUCAUUGUGGCCAUGGACGAUACCCUGUUCCAGUUGAAGUUCACGGCGAAGCAGCUGGAGAAGCUGGCCAAGAAGGCGGAGAAGGACUCCAAGGCAGAGCAGGCCAAAGUGAAGAAGGCCCUUCAGCAGAAAAAUGUAGAGUGUGCCCGUGUGUAUGCCGAGAACGCCAUCCGCAAGAAGAACGAAGGUGUGAACUGGCUUCGGAUGGCAUCCCGCGUAGACGCAGUGGCCUCCAAGGUGCAGACGGCCGUGACCAUGAAGGGGGUGACCAAGAACAUGGCCCAGGUGACCAAAGCUCUGGACAAGGCCCUGAGCACCAUGGACCUACAGAAGGUCUCCUCAGUGAUGGACAGGUUCGAGCAGCAGGUGCAGAACCUGGACGUCCACACGUCGGUGAUGGAGGACUCCAUGAGCUCGGCCACCACGCUGACCACACCGCAGGAGCAGGUGGACAGCCUCAUCAUGCAGAUCGCUGAGGAGAAUGGCCUGGAGGUGCUGGACCAGCUCAGCCAGCUGCCCGAGGGCGCCUCUGCCGUGGGCGAGAGCUCCGUGCGCAGCCAGGAGGACCAGCUGUCACGGAGGUUGGCCGCCUUGAGGAACUAGCCGUGCCCCGCCGCAGUGCACCACCUCUGCCCCGUGGUGUGCUGGAAGGUUCCUGUCCUCGCCCCACCGCGUCUUGCCUUCGUGCUGGCCCUGCGGAGCUGUGACCGGCAGCCACUCUGUGUGUCUCACCUGCCAGGCCUGCGUGGCCGCAGGGUGUUCCUGUUCCUUUAGGUUGGGCGGUGGGUCUGCGUCCUGGUGUUGAGUUUCUGCAAAUUUGUGGGGGUGAUUUCUGUGACUCUGGGCCCACAGCGGGGAGGCCAGGAGGGGCCCUGUGGGCUUUUCCCAGCACUGUGGGGGCCUUCAGACUCUGGGGCAGCAGGCACGCUGCUUCCUCAUCAGCCAGAGGGGGUCAGGGCUACCCUGUUGCCAAGCAACUCCCUGAGGCCUCUCCACACCCCCUCGGCGGGCAGGAGGUCCCACCAUGUGCACAGACAUAGCCCAAGGAGGUACCACAGGCCUGUGUGUGCUGGGGGAUGUCAGGUGCCACCCCGCGCCAUCCUGGUGGCAUUUACAAUGACACCCUCCUCCUCCAUGAUUCCAGGAGUGGGGUCUCGGCUGCCCCUACCAGCUGGCUGAGCCCCCUGGCCUCCUGCGCUCCCUCAGUUCCUAAAGCUGCCCAGUCCAUGGGGACAGAACUGUCACCCAGAUCCACAUCCAAGUGUGCCCACCCUGCCGUCUUCAUCCUCACCAGCUGCUGCCUCUGGAGGUGCCUUUGGCCACGUGGGCUGUGCUGUCUGUCUCCUCGGCAGAGCCCCUCUGCGGGCUGGCGCAGUCUGAGAGAUGUGUCUGCAGCUCCUCCCAGUGGGCAGCCUGGGUCUCCCAGAGGACCUGUCCCCGG